AGUUUAAACUCAACGAGGUCACGUGUUUUUGAAGUUAACCGCUGACCAGGUACCGGCUUUUCGAACGGAUCGCAGGCACAAGCCAGGUUAACUUAUUGUAAUCAAGGCCGGGCUGUUCGAAAUGCUGACCCAGGAUUAGAAGUUAUCCAAAGUAUAAAUUUUUCUUGAACAAAAAUGAUUUUCAUCUGCUUAUGUUUUGCGUAGUUUGAGAUCAUUCAAACUCUGAAGGCCAAACAAUAUAAGUAGAAAACCUCACCGCCAAGUUACAAAAACUCUCAAAUCAAAAUUCUCACUUAUCCUGAGUUAGCUUAAUCAGGCCCUGAACAAGCCGGCCCAGGAGCUCCGCCUUUAGGCUUGGCUAGAUCUGUCUAUUAACUAUAUAUCGUAAAGUAGUACAUAAUGAAAACAAAGGACAUAAUGAAAGCAAAAUGAAACUUAUGUUAAAAUUGUUGAACGCUACGAGAAUCUGGGAUUUCUUUAACGAUUUACUCCAAGUGCAUUGGACGUUAAACGUGCUAUUUUCUUUUUUGUGACAGAUAUUUGCCUGUGGAAAACAGAAAGUGGACAAUGCUGUGCUUUUCCCUUCUCUUAUGGUAACGACACCCACUCAUCUUGCAUCACGACACCAGACAGGCCAAAACCAUGGUGCUCUUUAAACUGGGUUUACGACUUAGAAUACGUGGAAUGGGGCUACUGCAAAGGUGAUAGGUUAAGUUUGCUAUUCGUUCCUAACUGAGUUGCUGAGUCUAGUGAACACCAACAGAUAUACGUGCAACCUUAAGGCCUUAUGGCUGACUAUGCCACCGUUUUGUCCAUCAGAGAGUUGUUUGAUGGGAACUGCCGUAAAAUGGUGUUCCUUUAUUAACACUAACUUAGCCAGUUUGUUAUUUUUCCUUCGCUAUGUCUUAAAAUACCAUAACCGAGAUACUAUGCGUUUCGUGAUCUGUUUCUCAGUCUGACCUCUAACAUAUGAGAGGCAGAGAUAGCAAAGAUUCGUCUCGUGGCCGCUUUUUUUCUUACUACAUUCUUACCAAUCUGUGUAGCUAAAACUGAACAGCCAACGGACAAAUGGAUUCUAUUUUAGUAUCAGAUAAUAGCUGAUCGAUCCUACCUGCAAUUUAAAUGAUUCAUUUCAAAGUCUUUUAAAAAAAUAUUUUUAACGUUGUUGCACAUGUGUUUUUAAACCUAUAUUUAAAUAAUAGAUUAUUGUGGACUUGAUCGAGAGCUGUGUAGGUGGGAAGUUGAAGAUGGUGACACUACCUGGCAAAUCGUCAGUCAGGAGCAAGCCAAGAACUUGAAAAAACAAUUCACAUCAGUGUCGACUGCCAAAGAUGAGUCAUAUCAGGAAAAAAGUGAUUUUCAAGUUAUCCUGCCACAAUCUAUAUUUGGAAACAUCACAGUGCAUGAAGUUGCCAUAGAAAAUGACCUGAAAGCCGUCACUGCUUGCGCUUGGGUUCAAACAAAUGUAUCCACGGUAGAGAUAAAAUACAUGACGAAAUCGGAGAGUUGUGGAGAGACCACUGCCCUUGGAAUACGUUUUUUUAACAAUAGUAUCACAAUUACCGUUCUUGGAAACGAUUGGGUAGUUCCAUCCUUUGUGGCUGAUGAAGAAUGGCAUAAUGUGUGUAUGACCUGGCUUUCACUUGGCGGGUACCUGAAAGUUUUCGUUAAUGGUCUGAAACGGAUCAGCAGUUAUGAGGCUGCUAUUGAUAGCCUUGUGAUUCUAGGGGGUGGUCGCCUUAUUAUCAGCUGCCCGGAUGUAAGCAAUUCAUCACAAGAAGCAGGUGUGGGUCGUGUCAGUGGUGUCAACAUCUGGAAAAAUGUGAUUGAAGAAGACGAGAUCUAUAGGAUGUCCUUGGGCUGCAAGAGGAGAGACGGAGAUCUACAGUCGUGGGGAACCAUGCUUGGUGGACUUCAAGGGAAUGCUUAUGUUUAUUAUGACACCUCAUCCUGCCGAGAUCGGACUGGUAAUCGUCUAGCUACCUUCUCCUUAUCUAGCAAAGGUGGAUCAAACCUUGCCCGUGUACGAAGCCCAUGGUAUAAUCGAUCAGCCGAUGGUUACAGUAAAUGCUUGAAGUUCCGUUACAUGUUGCUUGGUGCAGGCAAUAAUUAUCUACGACUCUACCAAAUAGAUGAUAUAUUUUCAAGAGAAAGACCUAUCUGGCAAGACGAGUCAAAUGGCGAUAACUCUUGGCGUUACGGACAAGUAUCGGUAUCUGGAGUGACGCAACAUCAGCUGAUAUUUGAAGGAAACCUAGAACAACGAAAAGGAUUUAUUGCUAUAGCAGCACCUUACUUCACCAAUGGUUACUGCCCCGCAGAGCCCGAAAAAGCAGCCAAGAAAGGCUGCAGUGAGCACCUCACUGGUAAACGUGGUCUCAUCAUGUCGCCUUACUACCCCGGAUAUUAUACAACUAACAGUUGGUGUGAAUGGCGUAUAACCGCUCCUUUUGGUCAUGUGAUCAGAUUUCAAUUCGUUUAUUUUAACCUGGAACGAGGGGACACGCGAUGCUUAAAUGACUAUAUUGAGGUGUUUGAUGGGAAUUCCGCAGAUUCUACCUCCCUUGGCAGAUUUUGUGGUCAUUAUUACCCAGAGAUGUUGGAAUCUUCAUCAAAUAACAUGCUAAUCGUGUUUAAAUCUGAUAGCAAGGUAGUGCGCACGGGAUUCAAAGCGGAGUAUUACACAAGAAAAGAAGAGGUAGAUCAAUGCAAGAUGAAACCAGAUUGUCCAGUUGGUUCUAGAUGUUACACUGUAAAAGGAAUGCCACAGCGAUAUGUGUUGGAAGCGGCAGAGUCCAUUGCGAGUAUACCAUGGAAUAUAUCAAGUCUGACAUCAGCGCUUUUAUUUGGUGGAAGCAAAAUCGCCCAGCUGAGGAACACAGAUUUUCAAUCACUGUCAUCUCUCAUCUACAUAGAUUUGAGCCACAACAAAGUAUUCCAGUUAGAAAUGGAGACGUUUCGAGGUUUAUCAUCUCUAGAAACUUUGUAA